AUGUCUGAGGGUGCGCCAGGUUCACUUGAAGAUUCAUGUCAAUGCGGGAAGCCUUCUCUAAUUGAUGGAACAGGGACUUCAUCUCACUCCCUAUAUUUUGAGUCCUACACUCUGGGCUGGGCGAAUACCAGAGAUUCAUUGUUGUCGAAGGACACUACCGCCCAGGAGUGGAGAAUGAUGGAGGAAGCUCGUGACUCAGAGGUAGAGCGCCAAGUUCUUACUGAGAAGAAUUUCAUGGUGGCCUAUGAGAAGGCCGCUUUAGAGGAUCAAAUGGCUACCUUAGGGACAGAUCGGAGCGACUUGAGGACCAAGUGA